AUGGCGAUCCUCGAGGAACUUCAAUCGGAGGCCACCGCCGCGACGGCGUCGGCGCCGCCGCCGCCGGCGUCGGCGUCGUCGUCGGCGGCGGCGGCGGCGCGCGACGCGCCCUCGUCGCCGCGCGCGACGAUUCGUCAGAAACCGCCGUCGGAAUCCGCGUAUUACUACGCGCACCAUCACGACGACGCCGCGCGCGCGGACCUCCCCGCGCCGAUGCCGCCGCCGAACGGGACGAAGAUCCGUCCGCCGGCGGCGCCGGCGGCGCCGCCUCGCGCGUCGCCGCCUCCGAAGAGCGCGUCGUCCGCGUACUACUACGCGCACGAGCCGCGGCGGCCGCCGCGCGACGCCGCGCGAGAAACCCCCGCGCCGUUGCCGCCCGCGGGCGGGACGCUCCUGAAGCGCGAGGUGCGCGACGAGGCCCCCGAGAUCCCGCUGAGGGAGUACUACUUCGAGGACAACGGCGCGGCGUUUCUGACGAUCACGUUCAAGCUGCCGGGCGUCGGCGCCGCGGCGACGGCGACGCGGCCGCGCGCGGACGUGCGCGUGACGUUCGGGGAGAAAUCCGCGCGAGGCUUCGAGAUCGUCGUGACCGGGUACUACCCCCCCGGGGAGACCAUCGCCGACGACGAGUUGAGAACGAAAACGCCCGCAGUGCGGCGGUUUAACUGCGUCCGGACCUUCGGCGCGGUGAUCUGGGACCUGUCCAGUUGGAGGACGACGCGCGAUAAGAUAAUCCUCAAGCUGCGGAAGGACGCCGUGGGAGUGACGUGGCGGGCGAUCAUGUGA